AUGCUCAGUUAUGGUCCCCCCUCCGUCGCUCUCCCAGGCCCGUCGCCCCCUCAGGUGGCCGCCGCCGCUGUCGGCGACCGUUCGGGCGGCGGUGGCGGCCCGCGGCUGUGCCGAAGUCGGCUCAUCUCGCACUCCUUCGCCCUCUCCUUCCUCUUCCCCACGUCUACCUCCGACUGGCCUCCAGACCUCGCCAUUCCUUCACCGUCGCCGUCCUUCCUCUCGGCGGAUCCGUGGGUCCCCCGGCCGGAUCUAUCGCCCCCGCCGGUCGUGGUGCUCGCGCCCACCCCGGUGGCCGGCUGCCGUGGCUCCGCUCGACCAGGGGCUCCUGCGGCUUCGCCGCCGACCGUGGCCGUCGGAUCUGGCGCUCCCUGGCCCGGAUCUGCCGGUCCCCUUGCCGCCGCCCCCCCGGGCGCGACGGGCCUGUGGAUGCGCCGGUUCUGUGGCUGCGCCGUGCGCGGCUUCGUGGCUCUGCGGCUGUCGUGGUCGCUGCCCUCCCGAAGCUUGGGUGGCCGGGGGCCCGUGGCCCCGCCGCCGCCCCUCUAG